UCCUCGUUGCUACAUAUAUAUAGCAAUCAUGGGGAGAGCGAUAUUGUGAAUUAUAGAGUAUUUGGAAGAAAAAAAAAUAUACAUGGGGAGAGCUCCUUGCUGUGACAAAACCAGUGUCAAGAAAGGCCCGUGGUCGCCCGAGGAGGACGCCAAGCUCAAGGAUUACAUCGAGAAGCAUGGCACUGGGAGCAACUGGAUCGCCCUACCCCAGAAGAUUGGGCUUAAGAGAUGCGGGAAGAGCUGCCGGCUUAGAUGGUUGAAUUAUCUUCGCCCGAACAUCAAACAUGGUGGGUUCUCCGAGGAAGAGGAGAACAUCAUUUGCAGCCUCUAUUUGAGCAUCGGAAGCCGGUGGUCGAUAAUUGCCGGGCAGUUACCAGGACGAACAGAUAAUGACAUCAAGAACUACUGGAACACGAAGCUGAAGAGGAAGCUGUUGGACAAGCAUCAGCUAAAAGACCAAAAUGGUUCUCAGCAGCCGACCGUCUCAAAACGUGCUCUUAUAAAGGGCAACCUCGAAACCAUUGAGGUUACCGAUGCCCCGGAGGUGAUGAUGAAUAGUUACCAUGAUCAUCAGAGACUGUAUGAUCCCAAGAUGAUCCCACUGGUUAGUCCUGAGGAUUACCAGUGCCCCAUCAAUUAUGGCUUCUCCUACACUUUGCAAGACCGAAUUUGCAGGAACUCUUCCAUGGAUGUUGUCGGAAUCCCACCAGCGAUAGAUAGCUCUACAAGUGAGGAUUGUUCUCGAAUUUCAGGCAUUGACGGUGGUAUGGAUAAGGAAGCUCUGGAAUCAUUCCUAGGACACAGAAACACCUACUUCCCUCACCAGCCAACAAGUGAGGUGACGGUUUAUGGCGACCCAGGACUCAAGUACGAUGAGUUCACAAGUCUCUAUUGGCCAAUUGACUUGGACAACAACAUAGUCGUUGACGUGAGUUCUAGAACUUGUAAUCCUCCAACACUUUCAUACCAAGAAGUCGGUCUACAGGAUGAGUCGGUCCAAUCGAUCUUAUUAGAAGAUCCCAGGCGCUACUUCGGCCUGCAAUAAAAACGGUUUAUUAGUAAUAUAAAGUCAAGCUCAUACUGGAAAUUCUUGUUUUCUUUCUUCGCCAUUUAUUUAUAGAUUUGGAGGGACACACCAUUCGUUUUGCA